UAACCCGGAUGUGGUUUCAUGACGUCACAACGGGGCUCUUACGGCGUCACUUCCGGUAGUCGCAUUUGCAUUUCGCGCACCAAUCUUGCAACCGUCACAUCUCCAGGAAGGUUCAGUGAAAGUUUUACUCUGAGCAGGCAGCAAUGGCCAACCAACAGAUGGAUAUCUUAUCAGCGGUUUUGGAGCAGUCAGCCAGGCUGGUGGAGGAGCAGGUGGAUGCACAGUUGUCCAAACUGAAUGAAAUGGAUGAAGAUGAAUUCGACAGACUGAAGGAAAAGCGAAUGGAGGCCCUUAAAAAAGCCCAGAAACAGAAGCAGGAGUGGUUGUCUAAAGGUCAUGGGGAGUACAGAGAAAUCUCAAGUGAGAAGGACUUUUUCGGCGAGGUGAAGGACAGCAAGAAUGUCGUCUGCCACUUCUACAGAAGUUCCACCUUCAGAUGUAAGAUCAUCGACAAACAUCUGGCCAUCUUGGCAAAGAAGCACGUUGAGACCAAAUUUAUCAAACUGAAUGUAGAAAAGGCCCCAUUUCUGACGGAGAGGCUGCGCAUCAAGGUCAUUCCCACACUGGCUUUGCUGAUAGAUGGAAAAACAAAGGACUACGUGGUUGGAUUCGCUGACCUGGGAAACACAGAUGAGUUUUCCACAGAGAUGCUUGAGUGGAGGCUUGGCUGUGCAGGUGUUAUUAACUACAGUGGUAACCUGAUGGAGCCCCCCACAUCGACGCAGAGAUCAGGCUCAAAGUUUACGAAAGUGGAGAAGAAAACCAUCAGAGGCCAAAUUAACAACUCUGAUUCUGAUUCUGGAGAUGACUGAAAUGCACUGAUGCUCGUCUGGCAUUCUCUCUGGGCUACCUCGUUAAAAAACAAAUGUCCACCAGAGAGCCCGCUUCCAUUUUUCAUCUCUCUGCUCAGUGACUUACUUAUUCAUUACAAAAAUGUUUUAGUUUCAGCCUCAAUUAACGAAUUACAAAAAUACACCUUCCAACCUUUUUAACUUUGCUCACUCUGUACACAGCUAGUCCAAACAGCUGGAGGCAAGAGAUGGCAAACAGGUCCAUCUCUAUGUUCCAUCAUUAAUGAGGGAGAAUGGAGAUUCCCACAUGGCUCCUGAAGGGAGAUUACAGCAACUGUAGUUAAAGACAAAGCAUUCUGCAGAAGAUGAAAAAAAAAGUACUCUGCCCCUGGUUUGUCAGUGCAAAGAAGAACAAACAAGCCAGAAGUGGUGCUCCUGGAGGAAACAAGCCAGUUCCAAAAUGAUUUCUGUCUUUCUUUCUUUUUUCAGUCCGUCAAGCAUAACCGCAGCUUGAGAUGAAAAGUCGAGCAAAGUAGUUAAAGGUUCGGUGUGUAAGAUAAAGGUGAAAGGAAUGUUUGUCAGAAAUCUGUCUGAAUAGUUUUCUUUACCAUAGAAUGGCUCUUUAAAUUUAAAAACGUUAUAUUUACAUGGAGGGGGGUCCCCUGUGGAGGCCGCCAUGUUUUUCACUGUCGUCCACACUGGUCAAACUAAAACCUUUUUAAGUUUUCAUGACAACUGAAGUUCACCACAGGUUCUAUUUCAUGUUGGGAAGGGGAGGGUGAGGUGAGGAGUAUCCAGCUGCAACAUGCAACUUCACCUUCUCUAGUUAAUGCCUGAAAUUUGCUGAAAUUCUGUCUGAUCAUAAUUCAUACAGCCAUUUUCUGAACAAUGUUACAUGCUUUAAGGAUGAAAUAACAUAAGACAGGUGAGACAUUUGGACUCCAAUGAACAUACACUACAAGAAAGACAAAACACAUCAAACUAUAGCGGAUAUGUUUCACUGAGCCACCACUCCAGUCAUCUAUCAAAUGUCUCUUAGCCGCAUUGUGAUGAUGUUGAUUUUGUCUUUACUUUAGAGUUCAGAAAGUUUUAUCUUGAAUUAUACGUGUGCUCAUUUAGUUUUUCUCGUUUAUUUCAUUUUUUAUUGUAUCUGCCUUGUGUUGGAACAGAAUCGAACCAUCGUGUGUGCCAAGAUUAUCUUUCAGCAUCAGAUUACAUUUUCACACAUUUCCUUGUAGCAAGAGUCUCAACCAACCAUUAAUAAAAAGUGUAAGAGGAA